CGACCGCGACCGAGCAGAUCGUUCCGUCGUGCAUUCGUGCUUCGGUUCUUCCCGUGCUCGUCUUCUUGGCCGGGACGAAAGAAAAGGGGGACUUUGGCUGUCGAUGGCAGCGGCGUUGGAGUUCCUGGAGGCGCAGGGCGCGACCCAGCCGGAGCUCGCGGAAUGGUACGCGGCGCUCGCCGACCUGUACCAGCGAAAGCUAUGGCACCAGCUCACCCUGGGCUGAUUUGGUGAUUAGGGAUCCCUAGGGGAUCCAUGGGGGAGGAAUUCCCUUGCAAUUCAAUUUUGAAUAGCAAAAGGAUUUCUUCCGCUUGGGAUCCCCGGUCACCAAACCAGCCCUCAAGCUGGAGCAGUUCCUCGCCCUCGCCGUCGUCCAGGCAGGCGAUGCUCUGAUUCAUCUUUAUAAUCAUUUCAUCUCUGAUUUUGAGACAAAGAUCAGUCUUCUUAAAUUUGCUCACUUCACAGUCGUAGUUUCACACCAGUAUUUGGACAAGAAUGCUGGUAUAAAUUAUCUUGAAGGCGUAAUUUCAAAACUACGUGAUACCCGUGAAUCGCGGGUUGAAGAGCCCAUUCUGUAUGUAAAGAUGCAGAUUGCAACAUUUCUUCUUGAGAAAGGGAAUCAAAAGGAUUGUAAGAAUCUGCUAGAAGAAGGCAAAACCACUUUGGACAGCAUGGUUGAUGUUGAUCCUUCUGUACAUGGUACCUAUUACUGGGUGUGUUCACAGUAUCAUAAGGCCCGUCAAGAAUACUCAGAAUUCUACAAAAGCUGUCUUCUUUACCUUGCGUACACGACAGUGAGCUUGUUGUUACAGUUUUUGAUAGGAUUUGUAUGAGUUUCAGAACCUGGCACUUGACCUCUCACUUGCUGCUUUAUUGGGUGAAAACAUUUACAACUUUGGGGAACUACUUGCCCAUCCGAUUAUCCAUAGCCUUUUGGGAACUCAGGCUGAGUGGAUAUUUCAUAUGUUGCAAGCUUUCAACUCUGGGAAUCUAUCCUUGUAUCAAGAAAUCUGCAAAGCUCAUAGCAACGCUUUGAGUGCACAGCUUGCAUUGGUACAAAAUGAGAGGAAUCUACUUGAAAAGAUCAACAUGCUUUGCUUGAUGGAAAUCAUUUUCAGUCGAUCAUCUGAAAACCGCACGAUCCCAAUGCGGGAUAUAGCAGAACAGACCAAGCUCCCUGUUGAAGAUGUGGAGUAUCUAUUAAUGAAGAGCCUCUCUGCUCGUCUAAUAGAAGGCAUAAUUGAUCAGGUUGAUGGAGUUGUCCAUGUUUCACGGGUUAAACCAAGGGUGUUGGGCAUAGACCAAGUGAAAUGCUUGCAUGACCGGUUGGAUACAUGGAUUGGGAAGGUCGAUACGAUCUUGCUUUCUGUUGAAGCGGAGACGCCAGACUUGGUGUCUUCGUGAUGUUCUGCUCCUCUCGAAGGAUCACUGUGACAUAAUCUGAUGUGAACGAAGUCGUUAGAUAUUUAUCGUGUUGUCAGCCUGUAAUCAUUGGUGUAAACCCCUGUAACGAUUGUGGUAACACUGUAACCUCGUUGCUGCAGUUUUAGUAGUGUACAUUCUUGAGGAAUCGUUGUUUC